UGCGCCAAAAUAAAUGUUUUCCUUGUUCUAAAAAUUAAAUGUGUCUCUAUUGAUAACUAUAUUAAUAACUAUAUUAACUUUAGAAAGAUGUUCUAUUUGAAAUCUGUUUUGAUCACUUGCAUUUGAUGUAUAAAUUUCUUGGAGUGUUAAAAUUAGCUUAAAUACGCACUGAUGAUAUUUGAUAAAAACUUUCAUGAUUUGCUAAUUAUUUUUUUGAGUGACAGCAAGUGCUGUGUGAAAAUCAGUGACGGCAAAUGAGUUUCCUGUCCAACGUCAUUAGGUGCGUGCGUUGUGUUUGCCCAAACAUUUCAUGGAAGAGUAAAUAGAAAGCUCGCCGAACGUGGGUGGCAUUGUCAUACAUAACCACCCACGUAGACUUUCCGCAUUUCCCGGAGCUUUUCCCCCAGCUUUUCCCCGUUUUUCCGCAGCUUUCUCAGCUUUGUCAGCUGCUGCUCGCGCCAGGAUGUGGACACGAACAGCCGGGAGGAGAGAACGAACGAGAGCGAAUGAGAGCGGCAGCGAGAACGCGAAGGAUUCGCAGCGAGCGUGGACUUUGGACUCGCUGGUAUCCUUGCAGAGAGUCCUGGCGGCGGAGUAGCGGAGGUAGCAGCAACAGCGGCAGCGCAGUUACAGCUAUUGGCAACAACAAAUACAUACACAUGCACACUCGCACAUCGAUAUCCGUAUCCAGAAGAGGUCCUUUCUAGAGGCAGGAAAAGCAAAAAGUGGACACUGCUCACUGGUCACUGGUCACGACUCCUCGACGCAUCCCAGAAGCGGUUGUGGCCGCUGCCGCUGUGGAAACUGCAGUUUCGCAUCGCAGGACAGAAGUACACCCACACACACGGCCAGGAUACAUGGCGCUACGCGAGAUUAGGCAACUGCAAGCAGGACACUAGAAAACCGCCAUGGCACUGGUGCACACAUUCCUGGGCACCUGGGAGAUUGUCUGCUGCACGUUCGAGGGCAAGCGGGAGCUGUCCGGUCUGGAGGGCAUCAAGUUCCGCCUGGAUGACACCAGUGAUAUUACCUGGUACAACGACCUGGUCAGCCCACUGCCGGAAUCCAAAGACUGCGGCACCUACUGCGAAUCGGCCAGUGUUCUCUUCAGCUGCGAGACCUUCGAUGUCCACGAGAUCAAUCCGCGCCUGGUCUUCGGCGCCUUUGCCGGCCACAGCAUCGAGUUUAGCACCAACACCUUAACGCCGACUGAUACGCUAGUGCUCAACUGCGAGAACUGGUAUGCCGUGGAGUGCAAGCGGCUGCAGGACAACCAAGCCGCCGGCCAGGAGAAGCAACUGAGCUUUGGCGAGGCCCUGCAGGAGUCCUACUUCAGCGAUGUGAUGGUGAAGAGCUCCAGUGGCCUGGAGUACGCACUGCACGCCUCCAUACUGCGGCUCAAUGGCUUCGAUUGCAGCAUGUACGUGAACAGUGCCCCGUCAUCGGCGACCGCACGUCCGGCGACCAGGUCCUGCCACAGUGGACCGAACACCCCGAAUCCCAUUAGGAUCUCCGUGGCGCCGGCGGCCAACGAUGAUGGGCACGACAAGUCCCUGCCGCGCCUCAAUCUCUCGCCCAUUUACCUGCAGCCGCCGUGUGACUUCCAGACCAUGCCGUCGUCCGGCUUGGGCGCCCAGCGAGUGCAUCAGUUCAGCAGCAGCUUCAAUUGCCUGAGCAACGGCAAUGCCGGUGACUCGGAGUCGGUGGUCAGGACCACGGGUCUGCUGAGCCUCGAAUGUGGUGGUGGGGGCGGUGGAGGAGGCGGUGGCGGUGGCGGGAUGUAUCGUCUGCCGCCCACCUCGCACUCGGACUCGCACCUGGAGACAUCGCAGUCGCACUGCAAGAACAUCUUUAACUUCUGCCAGGACCUGAUGCUGCAGCCAACGCCCACGCCCUUGCCACCGACCACUGGCCUGGCCAUCUGCAGCAUCCGGAGGCCACCACUAUCGCCGUACCGUGCCCGCAGUCCCUCGCCUUUUCCCAGCUCCAUGGACACGCCGCCCUCGUCGCCCCUAACGCCCGUCGGUGUGCUGUGUAACCUGCCCAACUUCCUGCUGGGCCCCAUCCUGCACUGGCUGUACACGGAGUCUCUGCUUCCCGACCUGGACGAGGAUGUGUGCGAGAAGCUCAUCAGCUUCGCGGAGCUGCAGCCUUCGCUUACCAAGCUGGUGGAGCCGACUCGCAAGUACCUGCGGCUAAUACGACUCAAGAAGUUUGUGGUCAAUGUGACCAUGGAUCUGCACGGCAUUCUCAAUCGGGUCAUCCAGUGCAUCAAUCCCGGGAACAUUACCCGCGAUCCGGCGCAACUCUAUGCCACUUUUCAGGAUGCCCUGCGCGAGUGUGCCAUAGGCUGCGCCAAGGUGCUGCAGUUCUGCAAUAUCUUCAUCACGGAUGCCGCUCACAUGACGCGAUAUCAAAAGAACGAGAUCGUCAAGUACAUCCGCACCCGCAUUCCCAUCUUCAUGUCGCAGGUUCAGCAGCUGCUGCAGAACGUACUUGGCGUCUUUGUGGGUCUGAGUGUGGAUGAAAAGGCCGAGCUGGUGAAUUACCUAGUACCUGAAAUCGAAUCAACCUUAUUUGUAUUGACCGCUGUGAUAGAGAAAAUCAAAAACUCACUGGAAAUCAUGUGUAAGGACCUCAAAUGCUCCCACUUGGAUCUCUCGCUACAACAACAACAGGCGGACGAUGCUAUUGUCAUGAAACUGCAGAUUGCCGAUGGAGGCGAACCAUCGCCACGUCCUCGUCGCGGUGCUCCCGUGGGCCUAACGCUCUACGAUAAUCUCUCGGACAAGCAGCGCCUGAGUUCCGCGGAAAACGACCUGAAGUUCGUGCUCUACAUGUACGAGGUGCGGAAAAUGCGCGACAUUUACGGCCGGAUUGUGGCGGCCCUCGAAAUAAUCAAGGACAAAAAGACUACGUUCUGCGAAAUGGAUUUCCUGAGCAAGAGCAGCACAAUCAACCAGAACCUCGAGCAACUGAUUAUGGACAUACCCGCUUACAUCUUCAUUGUGGAGAACCUGUCCGAUCGACUGGACGACAAGCUCGGCUGGAAGGAGUUCAAGUUCUGCUUCAAACUGGCCACCAGUCAGAUAAAUGGCGUCAUUGCCAAGCUGCUGGACCACAAGGACGCGCUGCGAGACGCCAUCAGUCAGAUCUGUAUGCUGGUGCGAAAACAGGAGUUCACCCAGUCCGUGAUUGAGCUGGGGCUGCUGGACGACACCUGUCUGCUGUCGAACAACUUGAAAAUGCCCGAUCAUGAGAACAACCUGAAUCAGGGCCUGAGCGACAAGGAUGCCAUGUAUCUGGAUCGCAAACAAUGCUAUGAUUACAAUAGCAUUAAGUUAAACCUCAUUCGGCACCUCUGCGAGCCACCCAUAGCCGCCAGUAGCAAUCUCUCGAAGAAUGCCCUCCGCCUGCUGCACUCCACCCAGCUGGCCGACAUGGAGUUCGAGGUUCACACCUACGCACCCACGCCCAGUGCCGGCAAGGCAGGAGGCGGCACUGAAGCUGUUGCCGAAGCCGCGGAGCCGGCAGCGAAGGCGCUGCAGGUGCACAGCUUCAAGGCACAUCGGGUGAUCGUGGCCGCUCGCUGUGAGUGGUUCAAGAAGGCCCUGAUGUCGGGCAUGCAGGAGUCGAUCAACCGGAAGGUCAUUAUCACAGACACCUCGCCCGUGAUCUUUCGACGUCUGCUGCUCUAUCUCUACGGCGCUCCCAUCGAUCCAACAGUUGGUGCCGAACAGGUGUGCGAACUCAUGCUCCUGGCCGAUCGCUACUCUAUAGAUGAUCUUAAGGAAUUGUGCGAGAACACGCUAUACGCUCUUAUUGACGAGGACUCCGUGGUCUGCCUACUGGGAAUAGCGGAUCGCUAUAUGGCCACUGCUUUAAAGUCGAAAUGUCUUUCUUUUCUCUCGCAACAUGCGCAACUGACCAAGUGUGAGAUAUUCAAGGAAUUGCCGCAAACACUUCAGCUGGAAGUUAUGGAUUUGAUACACUGGUUCGGACGCGUCUCGGAGCCGUGGAACGAUCGCGGAUUCAAGCCGCGGAGCAGCUCGCGCCACAGCCUAAAGAGUCCUUCGAAGCCACGCUCGCGAUCGCGCAAGUCCUCGCCCUCCUACAUGUGACGCCGACAAAGCGCCAUUGAACACACGAAUGCCAACUUCUUGUGAUAAUUUUAGAAGACUUCGCUAUCCAGAUCAUAUGGAUAAAAUAGUCAGUAAGGCGGGGAGUGGAACAUGUUAACCAAGGACGAUCUAUGCCACGAGUUUAGACUAUACAGGGCGCGAAGAUUGCAUUAAUCUCACAUACAGGAAUGACCAGGACUCGGCCUUUCGUCUCCGAUUGGGUAAAAUGUAUCACCGGAACAGAAGGAAUAUUCCCCAAAUAUCAAGCCAAACAAUAUGGGCAAACAUGACCUGAUUUUAAUGAGUUUUACUUAAUUCACUCGUAGGUAGAUAGGAUUUUUGCGUUUAAUUUAAAUGUUUUCUCUCGAAUUCUUUCAUUUAUGUUGGAAAUCAGUUUCCACAAGUGUAAAUCAUUUGAACAGUCGGAUUUUGCUUGAUUACAAACAGCAAAAGAUCGAAUAAGUAUAGAACGAGAAUAGGUGUAAAUGUAAAUACACAAAAUGAGUAGUAUAGGAAAACUUUUCGAAACACUCCUUAUUUCGAAAUUCUGUCUGUUUUGUGGUCCACUUGUGGCGUAGGUUAGUUGUACACUUAUAUUCUGAUGACGGGUAGGUAGAAUCUAGUCCUUUGGAAAUGCCAAAGUGAAUAAUUGUUUUGUAUUGGACUAACGUAAUAUUGACAAAAUGCAUAAUACUAAUACUUUCGGUUCACCGAAGAUUGUUGGCUACACUAUUGUAAACUAACUAGCGUAUUUUGACAUAUAGACACAUAUUAAAUUUAAAACUAGACUAUUUACCACGUGACGCAUUCUCAUGUGUUAUGAGGAAAUUCGACGGAUUUUAUGUAACGACAGCAGUGUAUUUUUUCAUUCGAUUUGAAAGCGUAUCAAAUUAACAGAAUAUGUGUACAAAUAUUAUGUGUAAAUUACAUUAUUGUACUAAUUCAAUACAUUUCUUGUUGUCUUUUUAA